AUGGGCGCUGGCUGUGUCUGCCGCCAGCGCCGCCGCGGGGCGGCCGUUCCCGACGCUAUUGUUGCCUGUGUCCAAUUGCCGCCUCGAAGUUUCAAUCCGGGCGGUCUAGGAGCACCCCGGGACUGCUGCGUCGUCGCCUCCCUAGCGGGGGAGCAAACCGUGCUUCGCCGAGGACUUCGCCGCCAUCCGCGGCAACCGACCGCCACGUUGGCCACCAAUACGGUCAGCAGAUUGCCACGAACAAGGAAGUGCAUCUGCAAGCACGCGUCCAUGCCAUUGUUGCUGGUAGGUGUGGAUUACGAGUACAAGGCAGUGAACCUUCUCAAGGGUGAGCAGUCUGAUCCAGUGUUUAGAGGACAAGUACCCAUAGCCUCCUCUUCUACCUCAAGACCUUCAAAAGAAGGCUUUAAAUCACCAGUCUUUUCUCUCUUUACAAUGCUUGGUCAAGAAAUGUCGAUGGAUUGCUCAAUUGUGGUUCCAGCUCUUUGA